UACAAAUUGGAGCAAUUUAAACCAAGCUUAAUCCUAAGUGCUCCCUGCACAGGAUGCCUGUCCCCUGAACUCACAGGUCCCUUCCUUGCUAAAGGAUGUUCCCUCCAUUUCCUCUACUCCUUCUAAUCAGCUUCUCCAUCCUUUUUCAAAAACGGUGGCUAAUUUAUAUAAGGUCUACACUGCUUUGCAAUGUUUUGAAAACAAAUUAGAAAUAUCCCUCCAGUUUUCCAGAGGUGAUUACAUCCAAGAAGCCUUAGGAAUGUAAAGAAGAGGACAAUAUAAACAGCAGCUCCGAGAUAACUAUGUCCGCAGCACUGUGGUACUCAUCUGAGAAAAAGAGAACGAAGUAUUGUUCCUGUUCUUCUUAAGUCAUUUGAAACACUGUCCCUGCGAGUUCUUUAAGUUCCCUGCAAUCUGUACACAAGAGAAAGAGGGAGAGAGAGAGGGAGAGAGACAGAGAGAGCCAGGGACCAGGUAAAUCGGUGGGGCUGCUGCAGCCAUUCUGACCUCAGAAGCUGGAAAACUGCCAAGGAUGCAGAAGGAAAUGAAGAUGAUCAAAGAUGAGGAUGUACAUUUCAACUUGGGUGUGAAGAGCACCCCCUCCUUUCCCCACUGUCUGCAACCAGUGGCUUCCCGGGGUAAAGCACCCCAAAGACAUCCAUUCCCAGAAGCUCUUCGGGGGCCUUUUUCCCAGUUUCGGUAUGAACCUCCUCCAGGAGACCUAGACGGAUUUGCUGGGGUCUUUGAAGGAGGGGGGUCCCGGAAACGGAAGAGCAUGCCCACAAAGAUGCCGUACAACCACCCGGCGGAAGAGGCCACCCUCGCACUCCACUCGCAGGAGAACAAAAACCAUGGCCCUCCGAGCCUCCCUCUGCUCUACCCGCAGCCCCCACGUCCCAAGUAUGACUCCCAGAUGAUUGACCUGUGCAACGUAGGCUUCCAGUUCUACCGCACCCUGGAACACUUGGGGGGCAAAUCUGUCAAGCAGGAGCCCAUUAAGCCCAGCGCAGUGUGGCCCCAGCCAACGCCCCCUCCCUUCCUGCCUUCGCCCUACCCCUACUACCCCAAAGUCCACCCUGGCCUAAUGUUCCCCUUUUUCGUGCCCCCGUCCCCACCCUUCCACUUCAGCCGGCACACCUUCCUGCCCAAGCAGCCCCCGGAACCGGAACCCCUGUUGCCCAGGAAGGUGGAGCCACAGGAGAGCGAGGAGACCAAGCAGAAGGUGGAGAGGGUGGACGUGAACGUCCAGAUCGAUGACAGCUACUAUGUGGACGUGGGUGGGGCGCAGAAGCGCUGGCAGUGCCCGACCUGUGAGAAGUCCUACACCUCCAAGUACAACCUGGUGACCCACAUCCUGGGCCACAGCGGGAUCAAGCCGCACGCGUGCACCCGCUGCGGGAAGCUCUUCAAGCAGCUCAGCCAUCUGCACACCCACAUGCUGACCCACCAGGGCACGCGGCCCCACAAAUGCCAGGUGUGCCACAAGGCCUUCACCCAGACCAGCCACCUCAAGCGCCACAUGAUGCAGCACAGCGAGGUGAAGCCGCACAACUGCCGUGUUUGCGGCCGGGGCUUCGCCUACCCCAGCGAGCUCAAGGCCCACGAGGCCAAGCACGCCAGUGGGCGCGAGAACAUCUGUGUGGAGUGCGGCCUUGACUUCCCUACGCUGGCCCAGCUGAAGAGACACCUCACCACGCACCGGGGCCCCAUCCAGUACAACUGCUCCGAGUGCGACAAGACCUUCCAGUACCCGAGCCAGCUGCAGAACCACAUGAUGAAGCACAAGGACAUCCGGCCCUACAUCUGCUCCGAGUGUGGCAUGGAGUUUGUGCAGCCCCACCAUCUCAAGCAGCACUCGCUCACGCAUAAGGGUGUAAAGGAGCACAAAUGUGGCAUUUGCGGGCGUGAGUUCACCCUGUUGGCCAACAUGAAGAGACACGUGCUGAUCCACACCAACAUCCGUGCCUACCAGUGUCACCUCUGCUACAAGAGCUUCGUGCAGAAACAGACUCUCAAGGCACAUAUGAUUGUCCAUUCUGAUGUGAAGCCCUUCAAAUGCAAGCUGUGUGGGAAGGAAUUCAACCGGAUGCACAACCUAAUGGGCCACAUGCACCUGCACUCAGACAGCAAGCCCUUCAAGUGCCUCUACUGCCCCAGCAAAUUCACCCUGAAGGGGAACCUGACACGUCACAUGAAAGUCAAGCAUGGAGUGAUGGAGCGGGGACUUCACUCUCAAGGUUUGGGAAGAGGAAGAAUCACCUUGGCGCAGUCAGCUGGUGUCCUGAGGAGUUUGGAGCAGGAGGAGCCUUUUGACCUCUCCCAGAAGCGUGGGGUAAAGGGGCCCAUGUUCCAGUUGGAUGGGGAAAGUGCCCGGGGCAGCCCCUGCCAUGAGGAGGAGGACGAUGACAAUUGCUAUGAGGUGGAACCCUACAGCCCUGGCCUGGCCCCCCAAAGCCAGCAGCUUGGUGCACCCCAGGAUCUGUCCACCAAGCCUGAGCAGGCCCCCGAGGGGCCAGAGGACAAUUGCAAGGAGGAGAAGGAGGAUGUGCCCAAAGAAGAAGAGGAGGAGAGGAACAAGGACCACCAUGAGGCAGAAGGUGUUCAGGAGCGAGAUUGUGCCCGCAAAGACGAGCGUCUCAGCCUCAGAGUUUUCCAGAGCUCCCGGCGGGGCCCCUCUUUUUCUGAUUAUUUGUACUUCAAGCACAGAGAUGAGAGUUUAAAAGAAUUACUGGAGAGGAAAAUGGAAAAACAAGCAGUGCUUUUGGGUAUCUAAGUGGACAGCUUUAAAAUUACAUUUGGAAAAUGAGAAGUAGGCAGUUCAAAUAUAGCUUUCUGCAUGAACUGUCAUUUGCUGGGGACUGACUGGCGAUGCCAGUCCUUACAAAUGGCUCAGACUAAAUGAGCCAGCCUAGGUAGUGUAAAUGCUUCCCAGGUCAUUUCUUGGGUCCUUCAUAAUUUUAGCAUGCAUGCAGGGUGUUCAGUGUUAUUUUAUGCAUCACCCCUGUAACAAACUAUGCAUAUUCUUUUAGAUUUCUAAUUGUAAGCUGAACCUGAGGUGCUUUCAGAAAUUCUGUUUUUCUUUUACUAAUAUGCAAUACAUGGUAAAUUUCCUUCUAGUUGCAAAACUAUGGUGCUUGAUGAGUUACCUUAUUAAUAACUAUCUAGUCGAGUUCAUGAAAGUGAUAAUAUUUUUCCAGAAAUAUAUAGCUGUAUAUAUAAAAAUAGUCUUUGUUAAAUAAUCAGAAAUACCAGAAAUAACACAGAAGGGUGAGCUUUUGAAAAGGAUAUUCUCAAGUAGUUGCUAUAGAUAAAAGAUGAAACUUCAGAAAAAGAUGAGUAGUUUUGAUGAAGGGAAAAUCAGCCAUGCUUCUGGAUUCCUUCUGGAUCUUUUGUCCUGCUUUGGCUCAUCAGAUGGGGCAUUUGAAACAUAUUUGCAGAUGACUGGACAAUGCUCAGGGGGUCCCGUUUCCUCAGACUAACCUCUGGUGUCCAAAGCACAGCUCCCUUCUGGAGACCAUUGCUCUGUGGCCCCAUGCCCCAUAAAAAAAGCUGCAGAGAGACUUGUUGGCAGUGAGCAAUGGACCUCUCCCCAGUGCUGGAGGUAGGGAGUGGGUGGGGAAUUCUCCCUGAAACAAGUCCUGACUUAUUCAGGGUAUUAGAACAAUCAUCAGCUAAUCACUAUAAGGAAGACCUGGGCUAUGUUCUCAAUGCACAUCUGGAGGAGCAUGUUAAAAAAUACUAAUGCCAGGGUCUCAAUGCCCCAUCCCAGGAUUCUGAUUUAAUUGGUUCGGAAUGGAGCCUUUGCUCUGGUCAUUUCCAGAUUACCCUGAGUGGGGUAUGCACAGCCAGGAUUGAGAAGGAUUCACUGGGCUUUGAUAACCCUCAUCCAUUUCUGUGACUACCAGGGCUCCCUCCCAGGGACUCCACAAAUAUUUCUGUCCCUGGCUUCAGACUCAUUGAGGUGGAGGUCAGGAUACCUGUAAUCAUGAUGCUGACUCAGGUUUUUGUACCUGUUCUGGAAGAUCCUCACAAGGAGACACACAUACUCUAUACGGAUACACGCUUUUUGUACUAGGAGAUGCCUGUGUUGUUCAUGGUCACUUUUUAUGUUGACAGUGACUCAUUGCUCUUGUUAGGUUCUGGCACCACAACUCCCGCCAGCACGGAGGACCUAGAUGGCAGGUUGGGCCUGGCCCAUGGGCUUUAGUUAAGCACUGGCACUGAGUAGAGCAAUACUGAUAGGGCUGUGUAUGUUCAACUCUGACCCUGGUAGGUACUGUCUGUGUUCGUGUGCACAUGAACACUGCCUCCGGAUUGGGAGUUUCAGUUUUUAUUUGUAGAGCUAGGUACUGCUGGUUACUGCUUCCUCUCCUCCCAAACUCCCCAGUACAUUUCUUUUGAAGAGCUAGUUCAUCUCCAGGGGCUGGAGGCUGGCUUUUUCUAUGGGCCAUGGUUCUUCCCUGUUAGCCUCAUCUAGUCCCCACCAUUGACCUGUGGGAUCCCUGAUCCAUUUCUACUGUCACCUUCCUAAAUUUCCUUCCUUUAGCAUCACCACCGCUGGGAAGUGCUAAAGUUUGGGUUUCUUACUGCCACCCAUGUUCCAUGGAACCCACUGAGAGGAUGGUAGAGAGCAUACUGUGGGUUUCUACAUCCACCAGCACAACUCUGGGCCAAAAAUUAUUCCAAGUCCUCAGAGGGACCAGUUCUCUUUCAUUCCCUAGGAAUGCUGUUCAUCGGUGCCUUUGAUGAAAUUGUCCAGGGAGCGGGCAGAGUGGUCUGUGACACCCCCAGCCCUUAAGGUCCUGUUACAUGUGUAUUCACUCAGCAACCUUGUAUUAAAGACCUACUAUGUGCAGUGCCUGACCACACGUGCUGCAGACUUUCAGUUGCUUCCGAUAUGCCCAGCUGGAAAAGCAGCCAGGAAAAUCUAGAGGAGCACACUCUAGUCCUUUCCAACCAAAACAAAUCCUGUGGGAAUGCUUGAGGAACCCGUUAAUGUUGAGUUGGAGAGAGUAUGGUCUAGAAGAGUGGUCUUCAAGUUGUUUUGAGAAGUCAAAGGUCUCUCUCAGGCCUCUGUAGAGCCACUAGGGGAGAAGCUCUUAGUCCCCACACCUGCUUCACUCAAAGUGGCUCAAAUUUUGUCUGUUUUGAAUGUUAAUAUUCUAAGAAAAGUUUCAUUUGGCAGGAGAAAAAAGGUCUCAGGAAGGUAAGAAAAAUUUAUGAUGGGGUGUGUUCCAAGGCCUGUUUUUAGUUUUUGACUUUGGAUACGAGAGACUUAAUGAAGCCGAUGAGUACUACAGCACUGGCCCUCUGAGAGCCAAGGCUGAAAUCUUGGUUGUAACCAACAUCCUGGUUUUUCCUGGGAUGAUUCUGGUUUAUAUCUCCUGUCCCGGGGUAAUUACUAACAGUGUCCCUUAAUCCUCAAAAGUAUCCCAGCUUAUAUGAUACCUUACAUGAGCACCUGGUGAAUGAACACAGAGCUAAAGAAAGGGUUGGCCAGCCUUGCCUGUUGAGCUGACUAACCAGAAUGCAGGUCUGAAGGAAGGCCCACUGGGGCCAUCCCCAGAGAAUGAAGGAAUGAUGUCAUCCAAGGUUACCACCAUCCCAAGGCCAUGACCUUCAUCACAUUGUGAAACUCUAAAAAUGGGACAUGACCAAAUGCUUUCCAGGCUUUUGACCACUGUCACUUUGAACCAACCAAUGACCCAGCCAGGUGGCAGGUCUUUCAUCCUCUGUAUUCAAGUCUGUGACUGCCCCUCUUGUUGCGUUGUAGUCCCUCUUUUCAUUUUCUCUUUCUAAAAAUUUGAUUCCACAUUGGCCAUGAGACUAAAGCUGACCUUUCAUAAAUCCACAAAAAGUAACUAGUUUAUUUUGUAUAUGAGUAGUUGCAUGAGAAAACCCAACAUGCAUACUGUAUUUAUUAAGCCCUGAAGGCUUUUAAUAAAAUAUUAACAUUGUGUUUUGAAUUAUGAUCUUUGUCUGCUUUGCUGGAACAAAAUGUAACAGAGCUAACAUUUAAAAUCCUUUGCAUAUUUGGACAACAUCACACCAAAUGUUGAUUUUGUACAGAAUUCAGGCUUGCUGUUUAAAAACUAAAACUCCAAGUGUUGAGCAGCCCAAGUUUGUGAAUAUUGCUUUCUGCUUCAGUGAAAAGGCAGUUUACCUAGAAAUAGCAUGUAACCUAUAUUUUGUUAAUUUAAGCAAAUAAAGACAUGUUGAAAAAACUGA